UUCGUUUAAGUUAGUUAGGUGCAGCUGGGAUAAGUGUUUUAUCAUUUUUGAAUGAGAAUUAAGUGAAUUAUCAAUAAUGGGUACCGCAAACGAAUUGCCAGGAUCAAUAUAACGUUUCAGAUCACAAAUGGCUGCUGACUUGCUGUUGAAAGCGAGCAAGCAUUCUAAGUAUUUACCGUAUAGAAAUUUUUUGUAUCAUAGAUUUUUUGUGGGACUGCUCUUGUUUAUAGUGAUAUCUUUAGUGUUAACAGUGGUGUUCAAUGCGUUUAGUGGUCCUUUGCCGCGGACUAGUGUUUACGAGUCUAUUGAUUUGAAUAAAAGAAGCAAAGUGGUAUUAUCACGCAAUGCUCCGUUUUCGCAGAUUCGAUCUGCGAAUUGUACAUAUUGGGAUUGCUUCGACGUCUACAAAUGCGGGAGAGGAGGUCAUGAUAAGAUAACCAUAUACAUUUAUCCGUUAAAAGAUUAUCAGACUGAGAAUGGGAAUUCAAUAUCGCAAUUUUCUAGAGAAUUUUACUUGAUAUUAGAUACAAUAAAACACAGCAAGUACUAUACGACAAACCCAGAGGAAGCGUGUUUGCUGGUCCCUAGCAUAGACACAUUAAAUCAAGCAAGUUUCUCUAAGAGUGAAGUGUCACAAGCUUUGCAAUCUCUUUCUCAUUGGAAUAAUGGUGAAAACCACCUACUGUUCAACAUGCUGCCUGGAUCACCGCCUAAUUACAAUCCAGUCAUCGAUCUCAAUACUUCAAAAGCAAUUAUAGCAGGUGCUGGAUUUAAUACAUGGACUUUCCGCUAUGGCUUUGACAUUUCUGUACCAGUGUAUAGCCAAAUUGCUGAAAAUAUUGAUAAUACCCAACCAAAAAAGAAAAACUAUCUGAUAAUAUCAGCGCAACUUAACAUCCCCGAGAAUUAUCUUGAAGAUUUACAGAGUACUGCAUCGUCGUCUAAUGAUUUACUAUUACUCGACGAAUGUAAAACUGGGGAUGUACUUGAUUACACUAAAAGAUGUGAAUACACCACAGGCCGUGAGUUUAAUUACCCAGAUAUAUUGAAAGAGGGCUUGUUUUGUUUGGUUGUAAGAAGUGCAAGACUUACUCAUUCAUUAUUAAUGGAUGUCAUCGCCUCACAGUGCAUACCAGUGGUUAUAUCGGAUUCUGUAGUUAUGCCAUUCAAUUCUCAUUUAGACUGGCAUAGAAUAGCAAUGUUCAUACCGGAAGAUAACAUAAAGAAUUUGUUAAAGAUCAUCAGUUCAGUCAGUAAUGAGAGACGUGGUGAAUUGUUUUGGCAAUUGCGUUGGGUUUAUGAUAAAUACUUUGCGAGUAUAGAGAAGAUAACAUUAGCAACAUUAGAAAUAAUUAACGAGAAAGUGUUCCCGUUGGCAGCUAGGACAUAUGAAGAAUGGAACAUGCCAGAACAUUUGUAUGGUCCAUCGAAUCCACUAUUCCUACCAGUGACAGCGCCGAAAGCACCAGGCUUUACUGCGGUCAUAUUAACGUACGACCGGGUCGAAAGUCUGUUUACGCUGGUCAAGAAACUAGUCCGCACCCCGAGCUUAGCCAAGAUCCUUGUCAUAUGGAACAACCAAAAAAAAGCGCCUCCACCAUCCGCCCAGUGGCCGGUCAUCAAUAAACCGUUAAAAGUGAUACGGACGAAAGAAAACAAAUUGUCGAACAGAUUCUUUCCAUACGACGAGAUCGAAACGGAAUGUCAGUUGACUAUCGACGAUGACAUUGUCAUGUUGACGCCCGACGAACUGGAGUUCGGUUUUGACGUAUGGCGUGAGUUUCCGGACCGGAUCGUCGGGUUCCCUUCGAGACUCCAUCUCUGGGAUAACGCGACUAAUUCGUGGCGUUACCACAGCGAAUGGACUAAUCAGAUUUCUAUGGUUUUAACCGGAGCCGCGUUCCACCACAAGAUCUGGUCCUGGUACUACACGUAUAAGAUGCCGUCCGAGAUCAGAACGUGGGUGGACGACAACUUCAAUUGCGAAGACAUAGCCAUGAACUUCCUCGUCGCUAACGUGACCAGAAAACCUCCAAUCAAGGUUACACCCCGUAAGAAGUUCAAGUGUCCGGAGUGCACCAAUACGGAGAUGCUGUCAGCGGACGCGCAGCACAUGGCGCAGCGCUCGGCCUGCGUGGGGCGCUUCGCCUCCGCCUACGGGCACAUGGCGCUUCGCCCCGUCGAGUUCCGCGCCGACCCGCUGCAGUACCGGGAGACGGGGGCCGGCGUGCCGCACGCCUACCCCGACAUUGGCGCCCUGUAGCGCGGUACGUGGGACCACUCCUAGCUCUGUAUUAGGCCCGGUGUUUCAGCUAAACUCUAAGAAUCACUAGUAUUUAUAGUUAAGAUCAUAAAUGGAAAUGAUGUGUCCCGCUGCUUGAGGGAGGGAAGAGCGACUGAGAUAUGCCCCAGCUCAGAAUGAGAAACCAUUGGAUUUCAAUUAAAACGGACAGAAAAUAAUAAUUGUCUAUAGUCAUUGUCAAUGUCAAGAUCUUCACUAUAAAUGGAGGUGAUGUGUCCCGCUGCUUGAGGAAGGGAAGAGCGAACUAGUUAAGCCCCAGCUCCGAAUGAGAAACCAUUGGGUUUCAAUUAAAACGAACGGAAAAAUAAUAAUUGUCUAUUAGGAGGAGAUCUACUUAGUUAGAUAAUGUUUGUGGAUUUUUCUAGAAAUCGCCACGAAAAAGACAUCGAUCAGCUAGUAGUACUGGGACAUUGACAGGUUUGAUAUUGACGAGUGUCAAUAUUGUUUGUGACACUAAACUGUUGUUUUGACGAGAUGACAUUUCGAUUUAUUUAUUUAUUAUGUGACAGUGAAAUGUCAUUUCUAAUGUCACUCGCAUGUGUGUGGAUGUGGUCAUUAAUUGAUGCGUACGUUCUGUUGUAAUUGAAAAAAUGGUUGACCGUAAACGUUUUAACAAUAAGUAGUUAAUAUUUUUUUACGAUUAAAAUCAAACGAAUAUGGUCACUUUUUAAAUAUAAUAAUUGACGAUGAUUAUUAAAGGGUUGAUUGUGGUCGGAAUUUGAAGCACUUUUAUAAAACAAACAUAAUAAUGAAAUAGUGCCUGUUGGCCUUGGACAUUACUUCAAAUGCGCUUUUGAUUUUAAAGUUCGAGAAUAACUAUAUUUUCAUCUACUGAAGUUACGUACAGUAAUAGCCCUUUAUUCGCGCUUCCUUCGCAUUUUCACGGAAAAAAAAUGCGACCCAAUUCUUCAU